AGCACUGGGGUCUGGAGGCGACUCCAACGCCAGCACCCACCCGGCGUGAGCGUCCCCGCAGCGGGCACUGCCACAGAGCCAGUUUAAAAGAACAAUAUAGAGGGGGAAAUGGAGCAGAAAUUGCAAGUAUUGCAGGAAGAAUUUGUGGUUGGAGCUUCUCCAUGUGAAGCUGAGCUUCAGGAAUUAAUCUACCAAAUUGACAUCAUGGUAAACAACAAGAAACUGGAAUGGGAAAGGAGGGUGCAAGCUUUAGAGGCAAGAAUGGAUGUCCGGGAUCAAGAAUUAGCAAAUGCCCAAAGCAAGUUGGAUCUAAAAGGUCAAGAGGUAGGGAUACUUCGACAGAAGUUAGACAGCUUGCAGAAGACUAAAUAUGAGAUGGCUCAGGAUUUCGAAGCUCAACUUCAAGCAUUGAAGUCUCAAUUUUGCAGACUCACACAAAGCUAUGAAAAACUACAGUUACACCAGAUAAAACAAGAUAGGGUUCACGGUAAAGAAAUAUGUGCAGAAAAUCUGGAAACUCCAUUUGAACUGAGCAAUUUAAACCAGAAAUUGGAAGAAUUUGAAGCAAAAUCAAGAGAAUGGGAUCAGAAGGAGACACUAUAUCAAAACCAUCUCAUUUCUUUAGAUGCUCAACGAAAAUUAUUGUCUGAGAAGUAUAAUUUAUUUCAGAAACAGACACAGAAUUAUCAAUUCCAAAUCAGCAAUAAGAACCAGAAACAGGAAGAUGCAGCUACUUCCAGCCAAUCCAAAACUGAGAGGGAUGAGUUCAUUAUUGAAAAAUUAAAGUCAACUGUGAAUGAAAUAGCAAUAAACAGGAAUAAGUUACAAGAGGAAAAUCUAAAGCUACAACAAGAACUAACAGUGUACCAAACACAGUGCCAGAACGUGGAGGCAGGACUUUCAGAGAUGAGAAAUGAGCUGCAGUCACAUGAUGCCGUCUGGAGAGGGAUGGAAGCGGAAUUCCAGCAGUUGCGUAAAGAAUUAUUGAAAUAUGGAGAAUGUAAAAACAUCCAAGAAAAUCAAAUGAAGCUUCAAUCAGCCUAUGCACAAUGUAUUCAGGAACUGGAAAACAAAAAAGCGGAGCUAUUACAUUUGGAACAACACCAGGAAAGUCAGCAAAAAGAGCUAAACAAGAUAAGGGACCAUCUUUAUCACAAGGAGCAGUCCCAUAGUUCUGAGCAGGAAAGAAUGAGGACAGAAAUCUCUGACCUGUCAGAAGAGCUUCAUCAGAAGGAGAUCACUAUAGCAACUAUCAUGGAGAAAGCUACUCUUCUGGAAAGAAAGUUAAAAAUGGAGUUAGAGAUAAAAGAAAAAUCGUUAGCAAAACAACAGAUGUCAGAGAUGAAGUAUGAAGCUAUCAGAUUGGAAAACACACAUUUGAAGAAGAUGAUAGAAAAUUUGCAGUCUAGAAGAUACAUGACUAUAGAUUUAUCUAGCACAGAACAUGAGAGUUACACAGCUUCUAUUCAUGAACUUGAGUGUGAGAAUGAAAGGUUACGAAAUAAUCUUGGUAAAUUGCAGAGUGAUUCAGAAACAUCAAUAUUGGCUACUCUGGAUAGAUAUGGAGAAACAAAGCAAAUUAAGCAAACCCAAUUAGAAAUGCAAGAAAAGGAAGAGAGGAACUCUAGUGUGUGCUAAGGUGCCUAACUGAAGAGAACAGAGGCAAUUUUCA